AUGGCCACAGCGGUACAGAACCCUCUCAAAUCGCAAUCUGGAGGUGCAGUCAUCAAGAACAGUCUUGGUGAGGAGUUUUAUAAGGAGGCCAUUGAACACUGUCGCAGCUACAAUGCCCGUCUGUGCGCCGAGCGCUCGAUGCGUCUCCCCUUCCUGGACUCCCAGACCGGCGUGGCCCAGAGCAACUGCUACAUCUGGAUGGAGAAGAAUCACCGUGGACCAGGUCACGCUCCAGGUCAGUUGUAUACAUAUCCCGCUCGCUGCUGGCGCAAGAAGAGACGGCUAAACAUCCUGGAGGACCCGCGGCUCGUACCGAUCGAGUUCAAGAUCGACUACGAGGCUUCUCUAAAGAAGGAGGGGGGUAUACCAGAUGGUCCCGUGUUGGAGUCGCUGCUCGCCGGGGAAACCCUGGACAAGAAGGUAGAAACCAAGGAAGAAGAGCCAAUGAGCGAGUGUCAGAAGCUGCUGGUCGGGGAUUUCCCUCAUGAUUUGGAGGUGGAUGAGAUGGAGGAAGACGUUCCUAAACGCAAGAACCGUACCAAAGCACGGGCCUGCGGUGUCGGGGGAAUGAGGAAGAGACAAGAGCCGGCUGCCAUUGAAGAUAGAGACAAGCCUUACGUCUGUGACAUCUGUGGAAAGCGCUAUAAAAAUCGCCCAGGGCUGAGUUACCAUUAUACUCACACACACCUGGCAGAUGAGGAGGGCGAAGAAGACUCGGAGCGACACACACUACCCUUCCAGCGCAAGAACAACCACAAGCCCAAGAAAGCACCUGACGGCUCAGUGAUCGCCAACGGCUACUGCGACUUCUGCCUCGGAGGCUCAAAGAAGACGGGCUGUCCUGAAGACCUUAUCUCGUGUGCAGACUGUGGACGCUCAGGCCACCCGUCCUGUCUGCAGUUCACAGUGAACAUGACGGCUGCGGUGAGGACUUAUCGCUGGCAGUGCAUCGAGUGCAAGUCCUGCAGUCUGUGUGGCACCUCUGAGAACGAUGACCAGCUGUUGUUCUGUGAUGAUUGUGACCGAGGAUACCACAUGUACUGUCUGAGCCCUCCUAUGUCUGAACCACCAGAGGGGAGCUGGAGCUGUCAUCUGUGUCUGAGACAUCUGAAGGAGAAGGCCUCAGCCUACAUCACCCUCACUUAAUCCGCGGAGCUGCACCUCAUCCUCUCGGCCCUUCAUCCUCCCUCUCCCGAAUCACCUCUUCGUCGUCCCCUCUCUGUGCCUCAGCUGCCCCCUCCUUCUCCUCUGAUCCAGUCGCCGCCACUUUGUCUACAAUCCGUCCCAGUGACCUCUGACACGACUGAGCACACAGCAGCAUCCACAGCGUUCCUGAACGUCUCUCCAGCGGCAAACCGACCUCCGUCCUUUAGUGUCACUCACAUUCCCCGACGCUUGACCUGAAACCCCCCUUCCUGCCUUUUUUCUGCUCUGCUCAACAGAGGAAUUCAUCAGCUAUCAAUAAGUUAGCUAGCAAGACACACACUCCAGCCUGCCAAGGGCACUUCAGAGGCAUACUGCUCCACAGAAACGCUCUUAAGGGCCCUCGGAUGAGCCCUAAUGAUCUUCAGCUGCAACUCAGUCAAGGAGUGAGAGAGAAUUAAUAAAAUGGAUAGGUGUUAGGUCAAGGACAGGGCUUGGAAGACCCUGGAUAACCAUGGACCAGUAGGUUCCAUUGCUGUGAAAUAUACACCUAACCAAAAUGUAUUUUCCUCCCGAUGUCCCAUUCCAUGUACAGCAGAGCUGAGACGUUCAACUCUGCACCGCUAUUUGUCGGCGGGGCUGGCUGCCCUGUGCAGUUUCAAAGGAAGGGAAUUGUACAGAAUUCUGACUGGUUCUCCAUCUUCACACUUUUCAAAACUCCCCUCACUGAAAAACAAUGAGCAUCAGGUCAGGAACUCGAACCAUCUUUGACCUCACCGCAUCUUCUCUCUUUGCAUGGGGUUUCCUCAAAUGAAUGAUGCAUUUUGGGAUUGACACUGAAGGUUUUUAUUGUGUUAGGAUGUUAUCCUCAGAUGAGAGGAGGGAUGGAUUUUUUUCUCAAAUCAGCUAUCUCUGAUCAAACAGUAUAUUUAAAAUGACAAUUUAGGCUAAGCAUCUGUCACAAAUCCCUGACUUGACCUUUAAUCACCCUUCCCUUCUAUGAAACCAUGACUGUGAAGCCAACGUGAGACUGAAACGCUCCUGGUGCUUGGUGUGUAUUAUCUGUGUGUUAAGAAUGUAGGGUUGAUGUGUGGACAAUGCAGAACUUCGGCCUAAAACAUAUUUUUUACGAUUCCUUUUUUAUUUAUUGUUUUCAUUUGCAUGUCGUUAUUUCCAAUUGCUUUAAAUAUUUUAAAUCUGAAAUAGAAAAGAAAGCACACUUAAUUCGCAAUAAUGUGUUUGUGAUAUGAACUAUUUUGGCCAAACUGUGUCGGUUUUAAACUCUGUGUGUGCCUGUGUGUCUGUUUGUAUGAGUUUAUCUGAGCAGAAGAGUAAUUGUAGCCAGUUUCAUGCUAGGUGGCAUCUGUGAGGGUAUUUGGGUAGCACGGACGUUAUGUGAAUGUAAGGGAAAACCCAGCAUUAACAUGUUCUGAAAUAUGUGGGAAAAAGUAAUAGUUAAGCCAGCACUGAUGUCCUGAGUUAAGACCAGCAAGUGUUGAAGACUUCACUUGUUUGGAUACCAAAAUCAUAAUUCAAAAGACAUGUUAACGUUUUACGGCCACACUAUUACUUGGCAGAAACUCACGAAGGCCCCUGUGACCGCCCAAAAAAAGUCCAACAUUAAACUCCUCGUUAACAAUCCUUAAUUGUCGCCUUUCCCUUUGUUUUCUACAGAUUAAUCAAAUUAGAUAUAUUUCAGAUACUAUAAGAAGGGCUGGUAGAUUGAUUUUGUUAUCAUCGGACAGAGUCAGUCUAGCAGUUUUCGCUGCUUCCAGUCUUAGAGCUAAUGCCUAUGAACAUCUGGCCAAAUGUUACGCCAUCUGAAAUCAUUAACAUCAUAGUAGCAUAUGCUUUUGAUGUAUUCCUAUGAAUACUUCUUAAGUGUAAAUCUCUUUUUGUCCUUUCUCUUUCACAACCCUCUUAAUUGUACUACAUCACAAUUAGUUCAACAAGUCUUUGAUUAAUACAAAAUCCUCACACUGUGUCCAGUGUCCAAAAAUUCGGCCAUCUGCUACGUUAGAAUCUAGUAUAAUAAAUCAGCGUUUGAAGGUCUAGCUUAAGUGUUAAGGCUGAGUUCUCAUAAUUUGGAUUUAUCAGGUAAACCAGCCAGCAUGUCAAUAUAUGAGGAACAUAAUUUUCUUCUAAGUGUUAUCCUCAACUAGUUACCUGGUCUUCUCAAGGCAACUUGAAGUGGCAAGUGAAAGUGCUGAUUUGGGAGUAUGUUUGCAACAUUUCUGAACUGUUUGAUAGGGAAGGUUUCCAUCCAAUGAUGUGUUAGCUUUAAGAUUGGAACAAUGUAAAUAGGGCAACUAAGGCAACUAAUCGCCAUUUCAUACAGUAUUUCAUAUUCUUGUGUACAUAAAGAAAGUAUGAAAAUUCAGUUGUUUUGAAUGAACAUUUCAUUUUAAUGCUGCAUCACGUCUCUAAAUGGAAACUUGCAAGAUCAGAUGGCUUGUGGGAAUCUACCUGACCUGUAAUUGUGUUUGCCCUCUGAUACAGAAAGACGUUAGGUGCAAAUACUGUGCUACGCCCAAACUAAAGGUAGGGUAGGUAAGAAUGGAGAAACCAGCUCGAGUGCGCUUGAAUUUGAAAGU